ACUAUUCAUGCUGUUUGAAUGAAGUACCGUUGUUUCAAAUCCCCUCAGUCCGAAGUGACGGGGACCUCAAUGCAUAGAUCCAAAUAUUGAAACACUGAGGGAAAAACUGAAAGAAGAUGUAAAAACAACAGAGGUGAAAUAUUGGAAUUACAUUUGAAUUUACAAAGCAAUGGAAAAGUGGAAGUGAUCUACAUCCAAUGGACUUCAGUCAGCAAAUUCUUCAGCAUCAGCUUCUGCUGUUCCAUUGGAAACUGAAGUUUCUGAGCUCGAAAUGACUUAUUCAUGUUGUUUCUGAACGAUGUGACACUGGUCGCUUUUCUAGGCUGGGGACCUCAUUACAUUUAGAACUUUGGAAAAGAGUUCGAGUUCGUUUCUUUUCAUUGGCUUUCUAUGGGAUCUUUUGGGAUGCGAUCAGCGGAUACAAAGUGAUCAACUCUGCGCUUGCAGAAUUAUUCUUUUUUUGGAGGUCUUUUAAAAAUAAACUUUUUUACGAUUGAUUUCGAGCUUUUCAUUCAUUUUGGACUCAUGGAGUGCGUGUUUGAAUACAUAUAAACUGGAUUACUAUCAGAUUAACAGAGACCUUUAAAGAAAAAAAAAAAAGCUGCGAAUUUGCAGAACACUCGAGUAUUCUGGAAAAUAUAUAUUGCAUUUGGAUAUGAAGGAUCAAAAACGCACAAAACUCUGAUUUAUUGUUAUCUUUUUUUUUUUUUCUUGCGGAUUACACACAUUUCCCUAAACGCGAAUAUUUGAACGAUGAAGGGGAGAGUUAUUGGAUUCGUGCUAUUUAUCGCAUUUAUACACGUUUGCACAGGAUCCCGUCUGCGGCAGGAAGACUACGCACCCCGCAUUGUCGAACACCCCUCUGACCUGAUCGUAUCCAAGGGUGAACCGGCCACCCUAAACUGCAAGGCUGAGGGGCGACCCACCCCCACCGUGGAGUGGUACAAGGAUGGAGAGCGUGUGGAAACGGACCGGGACAACCCUCGAUCCCACCGCAUGCUCCUGCCCAGCGGCUCGCUCUUCUUCCUGCGUAUCGUACACGGCCGUCGCAGCAAACCCGACGAAGGCUCCUAUGUUUGCGUGGCCCGUAACUACCUGGGAGAAGCGGUUAGCCACAACGCCUCACUGGAAGUAGCCAUUCUUCGAGAUGAUUUCAGACAGAACCCUGUGGACGUGAUGGUGGCGGCGGGUGAGCCAGCGGUCAUGGAGUGCCAGCCGCCCCGCGGGCACCCCGAACCCACCAUCUCCUGGAAGAAAGACGGAGUCAACAUAGACGACAGAGACGAGAGGAUUACGAUACGAGGAGGAAAACUGAUGAUCACCAACACCAGAAAAACAGAUGCUGGGAAGUACGUGUGUGUGGGAACCAACAUGAUGGGGGAACGAGAGAGCGAGAUCGCAGAAUUGACCGUUCUAGAGCGGCCCAGUUUCUUGCGAAAGCCGAGCAGUCAGUCCGUCCUGGUGGACCAGAGUGUGGAGUUCAGAUGUGAAGCUCAAGGAGACCCCGUGCCCACCAUCCGCUGGAGGAAAGAGGACGGAGAUCUGCCCAAGGGGAGGCAUGAGAUCUGGGAGGACCACACGCUCAAACUGAAGAGACUGACCUCAGGAGACGCUGGUACUUACACCUGUCAGGCGGAGAACAUGAUGGGGAAGACGGAGGCCAGCGCCACCCUCACCGUCCACGUUCCUCCUGUGUUCGUGGUGCGACCCAGGAAUCAAGUGGUCGGCAUGGGCCGCACCGUGACCUUUCAAUGCGAAGCCACAGGAAGUCCUCAACCUGCCAUAUUUUGGCAGAAAGAAGGCAGUCAGAACCUUCUGUUCUCCUCUCAGCCUCCUCCACCCUCCAGUCGCUUCUCAGUCUCUCAGACGGGCGAUCUGACCAUCACAGCGGUGGAGCGCUCGGACGGAGGAUACUACAGCUGUCAGGCUCUGAACAUCGCUGGCAGUGUGAUCACCAAAGCCCUGCUGGAGGUUACAGACGUGAUCUCAGACAGACCUCCACCCGUCGUCCGCCAGGGUCCCACCAACCAGACCGUGGCCGUAGAUGGGACGGUGGUCCUGGGAUGCCAAGCCACCGGCACGCCGACUCCCACCAUCCUGUGGAGGAAAGACGGGGUCCUGGUGUCCACCCACGACUCUCGCCUCAAACAGCUGGACACGGGAGCCCUGCAGAUCCGUUACGCCAAGCUGGGAGACACUGGCAUGUACACGUGCACCGCGUCCACCCCCAGCGGAGAGGCGUCUUGGAAGGCUUACCUGGAGGUGCAAGAGUUUGGUGCUCCUGUUCAGCCGGGCCGACCCACAGAUCCCAACCUCAUCCCCAGCGCCCCCUUCAAACCAGAGGUCACGGACGUCAGCCGCACCUCUGUGUCUCUGUCCUGGAAGCCCAACCUGAACACUGGAGCCACGCCCACCUCCUACGUCAUAGAGGCCUUCAGCCAUGCGGCGGGCAGCAGCUGGCAGACGCUCGCGGAUCACGUGAAGACAGAGAGCUUCGUUCUGAAGGGUCUGAAGCCCAGCGGCGUCUACCUGUUCCUGGUGAGAGCGGCUAAUGCGUACGGCCUGAGCGACCCGAGCCCCAUCAGCGACGCUGUCAAGACACAAGACGUCCCACCAACCAGUCAAGGAGUGGACCAUGGGCAGAUCCAGAGGGAGCUGGGGGAUGUUGUCAUUCACCUCCACAAUCCCACAAUUCUCUCGUCAUCUUCUGUCAGAGUCCAGUGGACUGUCGAGCAGCAGUCUCAGUACAUCCAGGGCUAUAAGGUGAUGUACCGGCCGUCCCCAGAGGGCGCUCAGCAGCGGCUGGAAUGGGCCAUGUUUGAGGUUCGAACCCUGGGAGAGAACAGCGCAGUCGUCACCCAGCUUAAGAAGGGCGUGACCUAUGAGUUCAAAGUCCGACCUUUCUUCAACGAGUUCCAAGGCACCGACAGCGACAUCAAAGUGGCCAGGACCCUGGAGGAAGCGCCCAGUGCUGCUCCCAGGGGGGUCACCGUAACGGGAAGCGGAGACAACAGCACAGCUAUUCUGGUAUCCUGGCAACCGCCCCCAGAGGAGGAGCAGAACGGCGUGGUGCAGGAAUAUAAGAUCUGGUGUCUGGGUAAUGAAAGCCGAUACCACAUUAACCGCACGGUGGAUGGAUCCACACACUCGCUUCUGAUCCCCGGCCUGCUCUCAGGGGUCACGUACAGGGUGGAGGUGGCAGCCAGCACAGGGGCCGGUCCCGGGGUCAAGAGCGAGGCUACGUCCUUCCAGCUGGACUCGUCAGGCCGUGUUCUCUCGCCUCCGCCGGACGACGACAAUACGAUUUCCCAGCAGAUCUCAGACGUGGUGCGUCAGCCGGCCUUCAUCGCGGGCAUCGGCGCGGCCUGCUGGAUCAUCCUCAUGGUCUUCAGCAUCUGGCUUUACCGUCACCGCAAGAAGAGGAACGGCCUGAGCAGCAGCUACGCCGGCAUCCGCAAAGUGCCCUCCUUCACCUUCACCCCCACAGUGGCCUAUCAGAGAGGAGGAGAAGCCGUCAGCAGUGCUGGAAGGCCAGGUUUGUUGAAUAUAGGUGAACCAGCUACCCAGCCCUGGCUCGCGGACACUUGGCCGAACAGCUGCUCCAAUCACAAUGACUGCCCCAUCAACUGCUGCACCGGCAGCAACGGAAACAGUGACAGCAACCUGGCCACCUACAGCCGCCCAGCCGACUGCAUCGCCAACUACAGCAACCAGAUGGAUAACAAAGCCAGCAACCUUCUAGCUCCCGACACGGGCCUUUACAGCGACGUGGACCUCUCCAACAAGAUCAACGAGAUGAAGACCUUCAACAGCCCCAACCUUAAGGACGGCCGUUUCGUGGGUCCUGGUGGUCAACCUACGCCCUACGCCACCACCCAGCUCAUCCAGUCCAGCCUGGCCAACAACAACGUGAACAGCAGCAGCGGUGGAAGUGGAGGAGGAAGUGCUGAGUUUAAUGAGAAGCAGAGCUGGAAGAGCAGCCAGGGAACGCCUCAAAAACAGGCUGACAUCAACGCGCCACUGCAGUAUAACGUCAUGGAGCAAAACAAACUGAACAAGGACCACUAUCGAGGUGAGGGGCCCGUCUCAGGCACCAUCCCCUAUAACCAAGCCCAGGACGCCCUCACAGGAGGAACCUACAGCAGCUCCGACAGGGGGAGCAGCACCUCUGGAAGUCAAGGACAGAAGAAAGGUGGGCGAUCAACUAAACAGUUCAAACAGAACCCAAUGAACUGGACUGAACUGUUGCCUCCUCCUCCGGUCAAUCCACCUCCAUGUCAGGAAUACACGCUCGCGAUGGAUGACAGUUAUGACACAGACCUGCAAUGCCCUUUGCCGCCGUCUCGUAUGUAUCUCCAACCUGACGAGCUAGAGGAGGAGGAGGAAGAGGUGGAGCUGGAGCGCGGACCUACGCCGCCCGUACGGGGAGCUGCUUCCUCCCCUGCCGCCGUGUCCUACAGUCACCAGUCCACCGCGACCCUCACCCCGUCCCCUCAGGAGGAGAUGCAGCCCAUGCUGCAGGAGAACCCUGACCUACACGAGCGCAGGUACGCCAGCUGCAACAGCUUAACAAUGCUCUUCUAUUUUAACUAUUUACAGUUUCAUACAUUUGACAUCUGUCGUCCUCCCAUUAGGCGACUCUUGGUGAGCCCACCCCCUCCACCACGCCCCCUCUCCCCUCCGCACACGUACGGAUACAUCUCCAGCCCCCUGGGUCUGGACACAGACGGCCUGGAGGAAGAAGAAGACGAGGAUGAAGGCGACGAGACGGAUGCAGAGGUGGCUCGAGUCCACCAGCUCCACACCCACCCUCACCAGCAGCACUUGCCCCAGCAGAGGGCUCUCCUGCGGGGCCUGGAACAGACCCCGGCCUCCAGCACCUGUGACCUGGAGAGCUCCGUCACCGGGUCUAUGAUCAACGGCUGGGGCUCGGCUUCAGAGGAGGACAACGCCUCGUCGGGUCGCUCCAGCGCCGUCAGCUCAUCGGACGGAUCUUUCUUCACCGACGCUGAUUUCGCCCAGGCCGUGGCAGCUGCGGCCGAAUAUGCUGGUUUACGCGUGGCAAAGCAUCCUGGGAAAGGCCACCAUCAGCUUCCAGUGUCUGGAGCACGGAAAUACCAAAACCUCCCUGCGGGACACCGUCCAGGCAGCCCAGUGUCCACAGACAGUAACGUUAGCGCAGCCCCGGGUCAGAGGAGGCCCCUAAAGAGACAAAAACAACAUCCAGCUGCUCAGACAGGCUACCAGCGUCGAGAGGUCUUCACAGAGGAUCUCCCCCCUCCUCCGAUUCCUCCUCCGGCUAUGCUGAAGUCUCCAACACACCCAGCCAAAACCAUCCCGGAGGGCCCGCGGGGGGCCAUGCCGCCCAGAUCCAGUUCUGCUGAUGGCAAGGACAAGCGAACGGGUUCGGGCGGACCCAGACCCCGGGAUGGCUCGGACACCCGGACUAGCUCCUCGGAACGGCGGGAGGGCCAGGAUGUACAGAAGGGUCAGAAGACGGGAAAAAGCAGCAAACAAGAUGCCGGUGCAGGCCAUAAGAGCCGCCAGCACCCAGGAUCAGAGGACAUCCUACCUUACAGUCGCCCAUCUUUCCCAGCUGUCCACAGUCCUCGUGGAGAAAGAGACCCCAGCUCCUCCAGUUCACUGUCCUCUCGAGGGUCCGGUGGACGGCGGAGAGGUGAAGGGGCUCCAGGGGCCCGCAGAAACCCUGCAGAUGUUGGGCUGAACACCAUAGGAUCCUUCCAGACAGGAGGGGAGGAGCUUGAGAUGGUGGAGAGCUGAAGAUAAAAAUAAAAAUAAAAAAAAGAGGCUGUCUAAAGUUCCUCAGCAACCAUCUUCAGCGCAGUUUGACCAUCUCGGCGGUAUCUUUUACUGAAAACUACCGACCCAGAGUCACGUUUGGAAAACUGACCAACCAUUCUUGAUUUAUUUACCUUAAUUUUCAAUGUGCAUUUAAAGAAGAAAAAGACAGAAGAAAAAAGAAUAGAAAAAAAAACGAAGGGUGCAUAUGAGAGGGGCUAAAGCGGUUUUGUUUUGAUUCCAAUGCAAUAUGAUGCGUCCGUUAGCUCCUGAAAACGAUUAUGGCUUUGUUCACCCUGGCGAGAAGGUUGUCAGUCAGCUGUUACUGUAAUGAAACUCCAGGCACAAAGGGACUGGCUGACAUGUACAUACACGUGUAUACAUAUCUAACUGUCUUUUAUAAUCCAUCGUGGUACAUUAAAUUUGUCUUCCUUGGCUUAUUUGAAUCAUUUUAAAAUUACGCCAGUUAAUAUAAUUUUUUUUUUUUUAAGCCACCAUCCUGGUUGUAAAUUGUCAUAGUGUUUAAACUGCCCCAGGAAAAGUGCCACAUUUUGAGAGUUAUUGUUUGUUCGUUUUUGUUUUUUGUAAUGCACUGUUAUUCAUUUUUGUCAUUGUCGAUGUUUGUUGUUCUAUGUUUGACUUUGGUUUUAAAAGCACAAUCACUAAACUUUAUUUUGAACCAUGUUAUUGAUGAACCUUUUUGUCUUACACGGGGGGAGCGCGGACGGUACGACAAAAGGCCUUGUUAAACCUGUUGAUGUAGGGUUAUGAGAAAAGAAAAAGGAUAAGCUGUUUACAAACGAGUGAAUGAAUGGAAACGAAUCCCUCCAUCCUUACCUCCGGUGUCUUUUCCAGUUUCUCAUUCCAGCUCCAGACAUCCUGCAAAAAUGAAAUACAUAUACAGGAAUUAAUGCAGGGAUGUUGUGUUUACGAAAGUAUAGCUCCACCUGUGCAUUUUCGUUAUUAAAUAAUAAAAAAUUUGAUUCACAUAUGCACUUAACAGGAAGUGGGUGGCGGUUUGAGAAUUUGGAGUGUUCGUGAUUGGCUGGCUGAGAACCCGGCUCUCAUGGGUUGGCUGUGCUGGUCACGAUCUAAAAGAGGUGAGGAUGUGAGUGUUAAAUCAUUUGACAUCUGCAAGCAUUUGUUUCUUAAAACAAAAAGCAUAUACAAAAAAAUGAAGAAAAAUAAAAUCAAAAUACUGAAACUGA